AUGAUCUCUUCUGUGCUAGGAAUAAGAGGGUUUUGGGGUGGGAAACUCUCUUUGUCCAGGUUUCUCUCAAGGGGGGGUCUCCUGCUUCUUGAGGACUCAGUGGAUUCGCGUCUGUUAUUAUCAGCAGGAGGUUGCUUUUCUCUCCAUUGCAUUUGGGGAGGGCCUUGGGUGGGAGAAUCUCUCUGUGAGAUGUUUUCAGGUGCUUGUAGAGAUUGUUUGGAGGAGACUCUUUCACCAAAGGGCCGGCCAUAUCUAUCUCUUCUUUGGGAGAAAGUUCUUGCAGGUUUAGGGGAGAGAAUGUGCCUUUGUCUUUGUCUGUCCCUGUGUGGUGGAGAUGGAUGUAUCCUUUCAUGUGAAAUUGGAGGGUCUGGCCUCUCUCCUCUGCUUCCACAGGUUUAUGGAGGAAGUUCUUCUCUUUUCCAGGAGAGGAGAGAGUUGUUUGCCUAUGGUUCUUCACACAGAUGUGAGAUGUUUUGCUCCAUUCCUCUUGUUUGCCGAGUCUUGCUAUUCUUCAUGGCGGUGGAAAGAAGUUCCGACGAGCUCCUCUGGUAG